GCAUUAUCCUUUUUCUUUCUUCUCCAAAAUUGAAGACAGAAAUAAAAAUUUCCAGAGAAGGAGACGAGUGAGGAAGGAAAAAUCGCUAAAAAAAUUCCUCCUCUGUUCUUCUUAUUCAAUUCGUCGAUACUUCUUCUUUCAGGGUUCAAUGAUUAAUGGAUUCUUCAUCUUCUUCAACUAAUAAUAUCUCAAAGUUUAUACACUCAACUUCAUCAGCUCUUCACUCUAUCUUAAACCAAUGGACUCUAAUAGAUCGUCCAACUCAAUACGACUCACCAAGAUCCGACCACCCCCAAACCUUAAACCCCACUGCAUCAUCAUCGAUUUGUGUUCCUUUGCUGUUUUCUUCGUCUUCGUUUCACAAUUUUGAUUCUGAUAAUAACAUAAAUUCACCAGUACCACCAACAUCAUCAUCAUCAUCAUCAUCAUCGAUGAAGAGAUUGAAUUCGAAUACAAAUUCCAAUUCCAAUUCUGGGUUUCCGUCGACUGUUAGAAUUUCAAGGACUGUGAAUGAGAAAGGAGGAGGAGGGCCUGCUUUUGUUGGGCAAGUUUUUAGUAUGUGUGAUGUUUCUGGUACUGGUCUCAUGGCUGUUUCUACUCAUUUCCAAAUCCCCUUUCUUUCUAAAAGAACACCGGAGUGGCUUAAAAGGAUGUUUUCAGCUGUUACCAAGAACAACAGAGAUUGCCCCAUGUUUCGGUUUUUCAUGGAUAUAGGCGAUGCAGUUUCAUAUGUUAAACAGCUGAAUGUUCCUUCUGGGGUUGUAGGCGCUUGCCGCCUUGAUCUGGCAUAUGAACAUUUCAAGGAAAAACCCCAUAUGUUCCAGUUUGUUCCAAAUGAGAAACAGGUCAAGGAAGCUAAAAAGCUUUUGAUGGAAAAUCCACAUAACAAUGGAGUGAAAACCAUAGAUGGUGUUCCUGUAUUUACUGCUGAAAACUUAGAUAUUGCGAUUGCUACGGAUGAUGGAAUUAAGUGGUAUACACCAUACUUCUUUGAUAAAAAGACGUUGGACAACAUCCUUGAAGACUCCGUUGAUCAGCAUUUCCACACACUUAUUCAGAAUCGCCGUGUGCAGCGGAGAAGGGAUAUUAUUGAUGAUAGCUUGUCAGCGGAUGCGGUCGAAGACAAUGCGGAUAGCUUAUGGGAACCUCCAGAGGUCCAAGAGGUGAUGGAUGAGAUGGGCCAACCAACAAUUCCAUUGAGUGUAAUCUCAAAGGUUGCAGAACUGCAACUCCAUCAUGCUGUAGACAAAGUAAUGUUGGGAAACAAGUGGGUAAGGAAAGCUACUGGUAUUCAACCCAAAUUCCCUUAUAUGGUCGACUCUUUCGAGAGAAGGACUGCAGCUUCUUUUCUGAAGGAUGCCAAGUCAACUAGUGCAGCUGCCACCUUAGAUUCUGAUUUUGAGAACAAUAGGGAUGCAUUGGAACUUGGUUCUAGAGAAUCUAAAUUAAGGGAGAGUGCUCCGGUGGAACAGAAACCAGAUCACACAGAUUUUCGGUUUCCUUUUGGAGGCUGGUUUUCCAACCCAUGGUCGACACAAGAGCAGAAAACAUAUAAUCAGAUUACCUCGGACACAAGUUCAAAGAGGACAAGCACUACAGAAGAAUUACAAUCAAAUCCUCUUCUCCCAAAGAUUACAAUGGUUGGUAUCUCCACUGGUGAAACAGGGCAAGUGAGUAGAUCUAGUUUGAAGAAGACCAUGGAAGAUCUGACAAAGAAGUUGGAGGAGACAAGUAAGAGUAACGACAACAACGAUAAACAUAUCGAAGUCAAAGAGGAAGAAAGAGACCCUCUCUUCGUUGCUAAUGUAGGAGAUUACUACUCAGGUUUGGCAAAGACUGGCUCCUCACGUUGGGUGCGUGCAAGAAGUAAUUGAAUAAUUACCACUCGGGUUCACCGUACUACUGCCUAGGUAGAUUUGCCGAUUACCACUCUGUAGGUAGAAGUUAGUAUGUAAAUUAACAUAGCAUGUAUGGUUAACAAGGUUAAUUAUUGAUCAUCACCUAUAUUGUUGUAUGUUCAUCGCUUGGCAAUUACAGUGAAGCAAAUUUUUCCGAAAUCUUUAAGACUAGGCUUUCAUUGUUUUUUCCACCUGCUGAUGUAGCACAUUUAAAAAAACUAUAUUUAUUAAUAGUUACCUGCCAAUAAUU